AUGCACGUUUCUACCGUUGCUGCUCUUGCUAUCGCCGCGGCGGCGGCGCCUUCUUUGACAUCUGCCGUGCCCGUCGAGGCGAGAGGUAGCAUUGAUGCUCACACCAUCGACCAGAGCAUCCAACUUGCUACCCAUGCUGCGAAUGCCGUCCCUUAUGUCAGGAACACCUGGGACAAGGUCUUCCACAAACGACGCGACUUUCAUCACGAACCUGUGACUCGGAGCGUCUCUUCCGGUGCUAUCAAGGAUGGUAUCGAAAUCGUGAAUGGCGCGGCAAACGCAGUUCCCGCAGUUCAAAAUGCCUGGAACUCCGUGUUCCACAAGCACCGGGACCUUGACGAUCUUGUAGCACGAAGAGUCACUGCCGGUCGCAUCAAGGAUGGCCUCGACAUCGUCAAUGGCGCGGCAAACGCAGUUCCAGCGGUUCAAAACGCCUGGAACUCCGUAGCCCACAGGCACCGGGACGUUGACGAUCUCAUAGCACGAAGAGUCGCUGCCGGUCACAUCAAGGAUGGCCUCGACAUCGUCAAUGGCGCGGCAAACGCAGUUCCAGCGGUUCAAAAUGCCUGGAAUUCCGUAUCCCACAAGCACCGUGAGUAUUACGAGCCUUUGGCUCGCAGAGUCUCUGCCGGCGCCAUUAAGGAUGGCAUCGAAAUCGUCAAUGACGCUGCCAACGCUGUUCCUGCUGUUAAAAAUGCCUGGGAUUCUGUUUUCCACCACAAGCAGAGGGAUUUAGAUGAGCUCAUGGCUCGCACAAUCACUGCUGGUGGGAUCAAGGACGGCAUCGAGAUUGUCAACGAUGCGGCGAACGCAGUUCCUGCUAUCAAGAAUGCUUGGGAUUCUGUGUUCCACAAGCAACGUGAAUUCGACGAACUCAUGGCGCGCACGAUUACUGCUGGUGAUAUCAAAGACGGCAUCGAGAUUGUCAACGAUGCUGCGAACGCUGUGCCGGCGAUCAAGAACGCUUGGGAUUCCGUCGUCCACCGCCACCGCUCGCUCAAUGAGCUCGACUGA